GGGCGCGGGCGGAGGGGUGAAGGAGGGGCGCGCGGCGGCCCCAGCCCGCAGACGCUGGAAGCCGCGCAGGAGGACGGACGGGGAGCGCGGGCAGUGGGGCGCAGCGCAGCGAAGCGGACGGGACGGACCGUACAGCCUAGCCCAGCCCUGCCCAGCGGAGCCAAGCGGAGGACCCCAGCCGGGCAAGAGCCGAGCUGCUCCAGUUUAUAGCCACUGUGACCAACACUGCUUACCUGGGAUUUUCCAUAUACAAAGGAGGGCUCCUGAGCACACCAGAGCUUUCACUGCAAGAACAAGGUUGUGAUAGUUUCUGGUUUCUUGGUGGAAAGAAAAAGAGGUGGGCUUCCUCCCAAUGAUGAAAGUGUGAUUGCUAGUGUCUUCAUGAGCUCCAGAGGUCAUAGCACACUACCACGAACUCUGAUGGCCCCUCGAAUGAUUUCCGAGGGAGAGCUUGGAGGCAUCGCCCAGAUCACUUCUUCUCUGUACCUGGGCAGGGGCAGUGUCGCCUCCAACCGCCAUCUCCUCCAGGCCAGAGGGAUCACCUGCAUUGUCAAUGCCACCAUCGAGAUUCCCAAUUUCAACUGGCCUCAGUUUGAAUAUGUCAAAGUGCCUCUGGCUGACAUGCCCCAUGCCCCCAUUGGGCUGUACUUUGACACUGUGGCCGACAAAAUCCACAGCGUAAGCCGCAAGCAUGGGGCAACUCUAGUGCACUGUGCAGCUGGUGUGAGCCGUUCUGCUACCCUCUGCCUUGCUUACCUGAUGAAGUACCACAAUGUGUGUCUGCUGGAGGCAUAUAACUGGGUGAAAGCCCGGAGGCCUGUAAUUAGGCCCAAUGUAGGUUUCUGGAGGCAGCUGAUAGACUAUGAACGCCAGCUCUUUGGGAAGUCAACAGUUAAAAUGGUACAGACGCCUUAUGGCAUUGUCCCAGACGUUUAUGAGAAAGAGUCUCGACACCUGAUGCCUUACUGGGGGAUUUAAUGCCACCGCAGCCUGCAUCAGCAGCUCCAUUGAGCAGUACCAGCAUCUGCUACACACAGUCUGCUACCCUCUACACCUUUCUUUUCAAACGAUUGACUUUUGGUUUUCCCUAAAGUGUUUUUUACACAGGGUGUUCAAGUCUAUUUUAAGAGGUAGGGAGGGUGGGGGAAGGGACACAUUGCAUUGCUAGUGACAUUUUUAAAAGUAACCUUUUGAAAUAGUGUUUACAAAAAAUCUUUAUCCAGCUUUUAAUCAUUUUUAAACAAUUUGAAAGUUAAAUAAUUUAAUGACAUGUUUUGCUCUUCCUCACCCUAAAUCUUAUGCCUUUGACAUCAUUGCAGGUAUCUGAGCUCAAUUCAAAGUGACAAUCACUUUGUGCUAGGAUCAAUCCUUCAGACACAGGCUUUUUACUCAAGGCUGCCAACUGUAAAACACCUGCUUAGAAAAAAUUUAUAUAAUGCUCCUCAUUCACUCAUGGGUUAACUAUAUUCUUUCUCAUUCACGAUUCACUCAACCUGCAACUUCUAAUAAGUAAACUUUUAUUUAAUUGUAAGUAAAGAUAAUGAAAUUUGCUGCAGAAACCAUCUUGGAAUCACUUUAUGUGAUCCUGGAUUAUAUUAGUAUUUUUAGUAAACUUGUAAUCUUCUUAACCUUUUAUUAGGCAGAUUUUUGUUUUCCUGAUAAUGAUUCACUUUUAUGUUUCUUGUAAGGGUAAAAUAAAGAAAUGGUAAAAUAUAGUCCUUCUGACAGAAUUAUGAACAUUACUUAAAAUAGGCUUCCCCGCUGAGUCAUGUAUACUCAUUCACACUGUUGCAGAUGGGCAGAUAAUUAAUAUCACAGACAAGCACUGCUGGAACAGUGAAAAUAAUGUGUUUGCUCAAAAAAAAAGUCUUAUUUUUAUUAGCUCAUUGUUAAGUGGAGUGCUGUAAAGCACUAGGUCCUCCCUCCAUUAUAGGUAUCUGUUUAAAAAAAAAAGAGUGCCUCUACUUAUAUUAAGAAAAAAAACAGAAUCGUAAAAAAAAAUUCAAUAAAGAUUAUAAACACUUAACAGCAAUGGCUUUUCUUGACUGCAUUAGAUUUAGCUGCAGAAAUGUCAUGUAACUUGCUUAAUGACUAAUACCUUUGACAGCCUUACAGGGGAUUUGUGGAACUUUCAACACCUGUCACUUUAAGUGAACUAUUACCCAUAAUCCUAGAGAGUAGCUGUAUUGUCAGACUAACUCUAACCCUAAUCUACCUAGUGUCAAAUCUUUCUAGAUUUGAUGUUGCUUCUGGGUAUAACAGUGAAGUACAAUGCCAAUAGCUACAACUGUGUUCUGCCAGACUUUUUAUUCAUUCACUCCUAUCAAUAAAACAUUUUUUUCCCUGUCUGAUGAGUGUUCUGGAAGGUAGAUGGCCUUUCCUCAUAGCACCGAUUCUGUUCUAAAGGCUCUGUCAUGCCUGCUGCAGAAGGGGAAGAAGGUUGGGAAUCUGUGUGACAGCAGGAAGAGAGAACCAGAGUGUUUGGUGGUAACAAAUCUUGCUUCUGCACAUGAUUUGAGUAUUAAAGUAUAGGUUUGACAGCAUGUGAUUGAAAACUCUAAAUGGUUAUCCUUCAGCAAUGUGAAAAAUUUGUAACUUUCUUCUUGAUUUUAAGUUUCCAUAAAAUUUUUUAGUGAAUAUGGAAACCCUUUCAAAGAAACACUGGUGAAGACAUUUGGGAAGUGGAGCUAAUGCUGUUUUGUUUGUUAAAAGGUUUAUAAAAAAAAUUUAGCUUCAUGAAUAAUGGGAUUUCUCGAGCUCUUUAUCCUGUGCAUUGUGCCUCAUCUUAGCCCUAAAUGUAAAAAGGCUGUAAACUGAAAGGUAGGCCAUUCUCUAGAAUUAAUGAUUUGAGUUUUCAAAGGUUUGCCGUUAAAAAGAGCAAAUAUUUUUCUCAUUUUCCUGAUGAAAAAAAAGUUGCUUAAUGCGCAAUGCAAGGCAAUUAAUAACAUAAAAGAAAGCCACUCCAUAUUUGAUAAAAAUAACUUCCAACACAGCACAAGCCAAUCUAUUACCAGUUUCUGAGUAUGUUCCAUCAACUUCAUUUGGUUCAUGGAUGCCUAACUCAUAGUGUGAGGGUCUAUUACAUCAUCGUCAGAGAGCACAUACCAACAGGCCGGUUUAUAACGCUAUAUAUUAUUCAUAGUAGAAUGGGAAUAUUGGAAUUGUCAAGUAAGAUUUCAAACGCUGGCAAAAGUUAUGUGUGAAAAACUUUUGUAGAAAGGACUCGAGAGCUUCUUUGCCAUAGAGAGUAUCAUAUGGGAAGUUUCCUUUCUUUGACCUUAUAUGGUUGCCUGGUUUUUAUAAAGUUGAGUGGCCCAAAACAUUUUAGGGACAGUUUAGGUGGCCUUUAAUUCAAAGCAAAUGAAGUAAAAUUUUUACAGAAGUUAAGACACUACUGUCUUCAAAACCUUGAACAGAAUGUUUAAAAGGCAAGUAGAAGACAUCUUUAAAAAUCUGGAUAAUUCACAGAACAUUAAACUUUCAAUAUGCAACCUGGAUGUAAUGUUGGCUGGUAAAUACGUAGUUCACCAACAGUAUCACUAGUGCAUACAGAAGAAAUUUAAAUUUACUUUCUUAGCAAAAAUCAGAAGCCAACAUGCGAUAUCAGUUUUUAGAAAGAGUAUUUGUGAAUCUUCAUGCCAGCAGUGAAGUGAAGCUGUUUUGACAAUGCAUGCUAUGGAAAUCAGUCACCUUGGUUACAGUUUCCAAGGACACAGGUCCUGGGCUAACCAUAGAAAUCACUGAGGUGAAAGUAAACAGCAGUACUGAGUCAUUGAAUGAAGAGGGUAUGCGUAAGCAGAGAAACAAAUGGAACAGUGCUCUAAUGAUAUUCUUGAUGGGAAAGGAGACAUUCAAAACUCUCAUUGCUGUUUAUGUCAAAGGGCGUCUUGUGGAUACUGUGUAUUGGUUUCUGCUUCUGUACUUCUCAAACGGUGCCACAGUGUGUCAUAUGUCACUUGAGUUAGUUGUCAUUAUCGUUGGAGAUCUCCUAGUAUUCUGGGAUAUGUCUAAGAUUUAGAAAAUCUGUUUAAUGGGUGAACAAAAGCAAAAGAAUGGCAUUACUAUGGGCUGCUGUCACAGGAUAAUGGUUCUUUGGGCAUUUACACAAAAAUAAACACCACCACUGUAA